GUGGCCUUUCCCAUCCUCAGCACACAGAGAGGAAACAGGAAAAGGAACUCCAACUCCCUGUGGCUGAGCAGAGCGAGGGGUGGAGACGCUGGAGGAAAAGAAAGGGAGAGUUCAUUUGAGUCGGGAUCGAGGGAUGUGUGCGGACGGCCGUUUCUGACAGACACUCGGUCUCCGGGACUGGACGCUCUUCUCUGUGGAUGUGCUCGAGCGGGGACCAUGAGUCACCUGACCUCCGUCACGCUGUGUCUGAUUGGCUGCUUGUUCGCAGGCAGCGCUCUUGACAUCUCAGACGUGUCUCUGAUAAACCCAGACCCGGUGGUGUCUUCGGCGACCCUGCCGUCUCUCCUGUGUGUGAGCAGUGACUGGACCGGUUCUGGCGGCUCCAGUUCGCUGAGUUUGGGCCACGACUAUCCUGAUGUGGACGCUCAUGUGUUGAGCUCUGAACCGGACCCAAGCCGCCACUCUGCCGCAAAAGUCACGUGGAUUUCCCGCAAUCACACCUUUGGAGCUUUUUACUGCCAAGACAAAAACUCAAACGGGAGUAAAAUCUACACCUACAAGAUGCUCUAUGAAGCUGACUUCUACCCUGAAUCUCUGACCAUCACUGUUAACAAAGGUGAAGAUGUUAAACUCUCUUUCACGACAAAGAAAUAUUUACAAGAGGACAUAGUCAUCUAUAAAAACGGGAAUUUUGAACACUCAUCACCCAAAGAAGACAUUACGGACAUAUAUCAUUUGCCAAUAACCAAUACAAAAGCAAGUCAUGCUGGAUUAUAUUCCAUCCAUUACAUUUCUAGAGCUCUGUUCAGCUCAGCAAUAACCCGACUGAUUGUCAGGAGUUGUGGGGCCGGUUUAUGGGGUGUGAAUUGUACGAACCCGUGUCCGCCCUGCACGAAUGGAGGCGUGUGUCACGACGGGACGGGAGAAUGCAUCUGCCCGCCAGGCUUUCACGGACCCACCUGUCAAACCGUGUGUGGCGAGGGCCGCUUUGGCCCCAGCUGUAAGGAGCGUUGUGAAGACGGCCUCUGCCGAUCGCUGGUCUUCUGUCUCCGGGACCCGUACGGCUGCUCCUGCGCGUCUGGAUGGAAGGGCCUGAACUGCAGCGAGGCCUGUCCGUCUGGUUAUUACGGCGCCGACUGUAAACAGAAAUGUGUGUGUGAACGGGGCGAAUGCAAUCGCUUCAGAGGGUGUGUGUGUCCUGGCAUGCACGGAUAUCGCUGUGAGACACGAGACAGGAGACCUGUGAUCGCGAGCAGUCUGAGAGACAUGGAGAUCAACUCAGGCGCCUCUAACACCAUCAACUGCUCCGCGUCAGGCCAGCCCGCUCCGUUACACGGGGAAAUAACCCUCGUCAAACCCGACAGAUCCAGGCUCGAUGCAGUGGACACACAGACAGAAAAUGAUCAGACAACAUCCACAUUCAGGCUGGAGGAAAUCCCUUUAUCUGCUGCUGGCCGCUGGUUGUGUCAGGUGAAAACCAAAAGCUUUCAGGAGGAGAAGGACUUUAUAGUGAAUGUCAAAGUUCCCCCGCAGGCUCAGAAUCGGCCCGUCCUGAACCACAGCGGUCCACAUCACCUGAUUCUGCAGGUCGACAAAGAUCCCUUCACGGGAGACGGCCCAGUCACCUCGGUCAAGGUCGUCUACCGGCGGGCCGGCGCAUCCACAUGGAGAAGCGUUGAGGCGGGCGGCUCUCUGGUAAAGCUGGAUCAUCUUUCUCCCAUGACGGACUACACUACAGCGGUGCAGCUCAGUCGCCGCGGACCGGGAGGAGCCGGCCAGCCCUGGCCCGAAGCCACCUUCUCCACUCAGGUGCUCGAGCCACUCACGGGUGUGAAAUUGACACCUGUCAAUCAGACCUCGCUGGUCCUGUCGUGGGACGCGGCUCCUGCCGACGACACCUGGGGUUACAAGGUCACGUGUCAGCAGGUCGGAGCUUCAGAAACCGUGAGGAAGUUCCAGCUGGUGUCGAACUCCUCCAGUCUCCAUCUGAGCGAGCUGAAACCCAGACACAAAUACCAGUGCAGUGUGACGACGACCAGCAGCGGCACAGAUCGGCCCAGUCCCACCGCCAGCGCCUGGACGCUCAGCGACCAGCGUCCUCCUCCUCCUGCCAACAUCUCCACCUAUGACAUCAGUGACAGCUCAGCCAUCAUCACCUGGUGUGUGCCCGAGGGUCACUCCGUCUCCAGAGCCAUCAUCCGCUACCAGCAGACGGAGCAGGAGGACUACAGCCAGCAGGUGGAGCUCGGCGUGCAGCCGGACCAGACCAGCAUGAGCUUCCAGCUCCGGGGCCUGAGGGCCGACAGCACGUACCAGCUGCAGCUCUGGACGCUCAACAACGUAGGAGAGAGUGCAGAACGGCCAGAGGUCACCCUCCAGACGCUGACCUCGCAGGAGAGCAAACAGCUUCUCGGACUCACGGCUCAUGGAAACAUGCUCUUCUACGCCAUACUGGGCUCCGCGGGCAUGACGUGCAUCACCAUCCUGCUGGCCUUCUGCAUCGUAUUGCAGCUGAAGAAAGCCACCUUCCAGAGACGCAUGGUGCAGGCCUUUCACAACAUAGUGAGAGAGGAGCCCGUGGUCCAGUUUAGCUCCGUGCCUCUAAACAUGCCGAAGAAAGUUCACAACUCCAGCCAGUCUGUGGCCUAUCCAGCCCUGGAUUGGAGUGACAUAAAGUUCCAGGACGUGAUCGGAGAGGGAAACUUUGGACAGGUGUUGAAAGCUCGCAUUAAGAAAGACGGGCUGAGGAUGGAUGCGGCCAUCAAGAGAAUGAAAGAAUAUGCGUCUAAGGACGACCACAGGGACUUUGCGGGUGAACUGGAGGUCUUGUGUAAGCUGGGUCACCAUCCGAACAUCAUUAACCUCCUGGGAGCGUGUGAACACAGAGGUUACCUGUAUCUGGCCAUUGAAUACGCUCCUCACGGAAACCUGCUGGACUUCCUGCGUAAGAGCCGCGUAUUAGAGACGGACCCGGCCUUCGCCAUCGCUAACAGCACCGCCUCCACGCUCUCCUCGCAGCAGCUCCUGCACUUCGCUGCAGACGUGGCAGGAGGCAUGGACUACCUGAGCCAGAAACAGUUUAUUCACAGAGAUCUAGCAGCCAGAAACAUCCUGGUUGGAGAAAACUUUAUGGCAAAGAUCGCUGAUUUCGGCCUGUCCAGAGGUCAGGAGGUUUACGUGAAGAAGACGAUGGGCCGUCUGCCGGUGAGAUGGAUGGCCAUCGAAUCUCUCAACUACAGUGUUUACACCUCCAACAGUGACGUGUGGUCGUACGGCGUGCUGCUCUGGGAGGUGGUCAGCUUAGGAGGGACACCGUACUGCGGUCUGACGUGCGCUGAGCUGUACGAGAAACUCCCGCUGGGCUUCCGGCUGGAGAAGCCGCUCAACUGCGAUGACGAGGUGUACGAGCUAAUGAAACAGUGCUGGAAGGAGAAGCCGUACGAGAGACCGUCAUUCGCUCAGAUCCUGAUGUCUCUCGGUCGUAUGCUGGAGGAGCGGAAGACGUACGUCAACACGACGCUCUAUGAGAAGUUCACCUACGCCGGCAUUGACUGUUCUGCAGAGGAGGCUGGCUGAUCUCAGAGCUUCAUUACGCUUAAUAACAUCCUCCAAUUCACAGACUAGAGGUUUACACACACUGUGUGUAUCAUAUUUCUGUUUGUUGUGAAGUGAGAUGUUGACUGCAGAUGCUGACCGAUGUGUUACAUUUGUAUAUUUCAUUGUUUUUAAUAAAACCCCUGUUGUUAGAUACUGCGA